AUGGAGGAAACAGCACAAGGAAGACAAAUGAGAGGACGGUUUAUGUCAAACUAUGGUCUUAAAACCUACACGCCAGAACAAAUUAAGGAACAAUGGAGAGAGAGUAUGAAGGUACUGGUGAAUUUCUCUUUGAACUAAAUCGUUCAAACUGUUAGACGUGAUCUCUUUUGUUAGUUAAGUAAAUAUCAACGGUGAAUUGCAAGAACUAAAAGAGAGCGCCAAAUGAAUGGUUCCUUUUGGGUUCAAGAAAGCAAGAAAGUUUACAGAUUUUUUAAAGUCAUCUCAGCUUCUCAAACUCAUUAAUAAUUCAUUAAGAAAAUACAAAGGAAAUUAAUGUUUAAUGAGUGUGUGGAAAUCGGAUGAAACACUGCUUAGUAUUUGCAUCCUUAAUUUCUCCUUCAAAAAUGAUUUUGUUCGAGAAGAAAUAUCAAACAUUCGACACAGUGUUUCAUCACCAGAUGAAACACCUCGAAGUUCGUCAAAAAUACUCCGCUGCGCGUCGUAUUUUCAACUCUCUUCUCGGUGUUUCAUCUGGUGAUGAAACACUGCAUCUCAUUUUUGAUAUAUUACUUGAAACAUUAUAAAACCGAUAAGCUAAUGUGCGGCUUACUUUAUUUCUCACGUUCCUUUAGCAAAUCUAACUGGGUUUAACUUUCAUUUCUGAUUCAUUGCAAACGUUUCGACUCUAAGAUUUACUGUAAGUUUUUUCCCGCUACACUUAAUGAUCUUUGUGCCCUUGAUGUUAGAUAUGUUCAGUUUUGCCACUGACCUAAAUAUGAUAACACAGUUCCGGUCCUUUCAACUUUCAACUGCUUCAAUUUGUUUCAGAGAGAAAACCGCCUAAGAGACGCUCACCUCAUUACGUCGAGCUGCAGUGAAGAGUUGACUAAAGCUUGGAAAACUAAUUUUUCAAGGCAUUUUUCUUCCGACUCAGCGGUGCAAAACUACUUUAACACGAACAAACAGGUAUUAGAUCUAGAUGAUGUGGUAGUUGGUACUGGAUGCUUUGAAGCUUGUGCAAGACAGUUAUCAAGGAUUAAUGGAGCCAUUGUACUGAUUGUAGCCACUCAAAGUUUAGUUAUUGAGAGACAACAAUCAAACGAAACUGUGAAUCAAAAUUUGAAGAGAAUUUACAAUACUCUCAACAAACUCAGCGCGGGAACUCUUACAAGCAAGUCAUAGUCACGACAGAGAAAAUGGCGCUGAAUGGGUGUGAGAUAUUUAGCCCUUGAAUAGUUAGACAUUGCAAAGCAUAAUUAAAGUAAUUACUAAAGCUUUUUCACUUUUAGUACAUCAUUGAAUGCUUUGUUUCUUUUAACUUUAAGCAUGACAGAGUGUCAAACUACGACCGAACAUUCCAUAUCAAAUCUGGUUACUGCAGUAAACUUCAUCGUGACGACAGAGAACAUACUCGUGGUCUAAAUGUUAAUGCUGAGGUUGGUGUUUUUGUUUGCUUUCAUUUUGAGCUGUUCUACCGCUUCUAUUGACAAACACCUAUAACAAUUUAGAAACUCUAGAAAGAAUAAUAUCCGCCAUUCGUUUGGCAACAAUACCUAUGACAGGGAGACGAUCAAGCCAAUUUUUCAAAUCGGCAUUUGUCCUUGGGGUCCAAAUAGUGAAAUUUUGGUACGAACUAGUCUCAAGAAAGUGAUCUGUCUUAGAGGACUAUAACCCAUUUCUGGUAUCCUGAUUCUUACGUAGGUUCACUUUCGUGAAUUCACCAUUUUCACAUCGACCAUUAUGCUCCUUGUUUACCCCUGCCCCAAACAUUUUAUCACUUGUUUUAUACCAGCCUGGUUCAAGGACCAGACUAACCAUGAAUGGGAAUUGACACAAAGAGAAUUCUAGGGCCAAGCGAUGUUUCCUCCCUACCCAAAUUAACCCUCAGCCCAUGAAAGAUAUACAUUAGGUGUGGUCAUUUGACUUAGAAGGUUACGUCCCAACAUGAGAGAAUAAUUGGACAGAGAGGAAGACGUCAAGUCUAGCCCCUUGGGAUAUGAGAAUUUCACCAGAGUUAUUUUUAGAUCCAUUAAGCGAGGUUCGCAAACUUUUUUCAGUGUUGCCAGGAGAGAAUUCAACUGUCGUCAUCACAAUAUUCUGCACAUUAUUCUUGCUUUUAGGCAGUUGCGCGUGGACUCUAUGACGUUUCAAUCAAUCGAUUAAAAUAUGCGGACGUCUCAGAAAAUACUCUUCUUUUUAAUCACAACCUCUAAAUAUAACUUAAGUGAAAUUCACACAUCCCGGACAACGCCCUAAGAUUCCAUCUCUGUCCUAUUAUUCUCUCUUGGUCACAAAUGGUUUUAGCCUGUCUACAGACGCCCCCUCCCGUCCUCCUUCCCUUGGGUAGGGGGCCUCUGUACCCAGGCUAAUGGUUCUUGUACCUCCCACGAGAGUUUUUGUUGUUUCAGCCCUAGUUCAGAAGUGUCAUCAGGCACAUAGGAGCCAUGUACUUAUGUCUUAUUUAAAUCUCUGCUUAUAGGAACAAAUCAAGGCGGUUCCAGUUUUAAGCUCUUCUCUUUAUGGUCAUCGACCUCCGCUGGAAAAGCCGUCCCGACGACACGUGCGGGUGGCUACUGUGAAGCGAGAUUUUUACAGGCACAGUGGAACGAACAUACCUUUAUUUUAA